AAAGAAAAGAAAAAAGAAAGAGGGGUAGAGUACAAAUGAUAAGUUUUGUAGGUAUAUUAAAUAUAUAGAAAGUUUGGUGAAAGUGAAGCGAGGUAGAAGAAUAGUGUGAGGAUGAAGAGAACGACCCUUUUUCUUUCUCCUUUCAUUAUCCUCUCUCCCUCUCUCUCUGCCUUGUCUCAUCCCCAACACCGUCCCUUCCUCUAAGAUUCCAUUUUCCAGCACCAAGAUCAAGAUCAAUUCUCCGGAAAGUGAUGUUUCCACGCUUCGAUUCAACCCUCAUCUUAAGAUCAAAGAGUAUGAAAUAGGGGUUGUUGGAAACAAACCUAAAAAACAAAAAAAUCAGUCAAUCAAAAAGGAUUUUGUUUAUCCACAAAUUCAUGUCACAAAGCUUCCAACAAAGCGUCUACACCUUCCCAAAUGCAUACGAACGAUCCGCUGCCGCGAGCAACUGGGUGAUAAGAGAGCAAGGCGGCUUCGAUGCGCCGCCGCCGCCGGCGGCGCCGUUCGACGCCGGAGGUAUGCUCACGGAGAUCAUAAACCGCCGCCACGGCGAUCAGAUCCAGAAACAGCAGCUCGAUAACGAGCAGCUCUCUUUCAUGAAUCAUCCACAAGCUGCUAAAGCCGCGGCUUCGUCUAAUCUGGAAGGGUUUCACUUAAUUAGCCCUAUUAAUCCUCCUUCCGACAUGCCGCCGCCGCCUCAGAUGAGCUGGAUCCCGAGCAGCAGCGGCGGCCGGGGACACGAGGCGGCGGCGAGGGUGUUGGAGGGGCAAGGGCUGUCUCUAUCUCUCUCUUCUCUGGAAGGCAACAAAUUCGAGAAAAUGAAUGUGGGAAACGGCGAAUUAUACUUCCAUGGAAGCAAUCCGUAUGUGCUGGGAGAUGUUGCGACAAAUCCGAUGCUGUUUGGGUCGCCGAGGAUGGUGUCGGAACACGAAAACCAGAAUCUUCAUUUUGGCUAUGUUGAAUCUACAAGAGGCACGAAUUUGGUGAGGAAUUCAAGGUAUUUGAAGGCGGCACAGGAAUUGCUAAUGGAAUUUUGCUGUGUGGGAAGAGGGAAUAAUCAAAUUGUGAAGAAACAAGAUAGAAACCCUAAUUCAGACAACGGUGGAGGUUUGUCUUCUUCAAAGGACCACUACACCUUAUCCCCUUCUGAAAGAACUGAAUACCAGAGAAGAAAAUUCAGGCUUCUCUCCAUGCUUGAUGAGGUGGAGGGCCGGUACAUGAGGUACUGCGAGCAGAUGCAGGCGGUGGUGAACUCGUUCGACGCGGUGAUGGGGCAAGGGGCGGCGGCGCCAUACACGGGGCUGGCGAGGGUGGCGAUGUCGCAGCAUUUCCGGAGCUUGAAGGAUGCGGUGGCGCGGGAGAUGAAGGCGUGCUGCGAGGCGCUGGGGGAGAAGGAGGUGCAAGGGGGGGUCACCAAGGGGGAGACGCCGCGGCUCAAAGUGGUGGAGCAGAAGUACCGGCAGCACAAGGCGCUGCAGCAUAUAGGGAUCAUGGAUCCGGAGUCGUGGCGGCCACAGCGGGGGCUGCCGGAGCGGUCUGUCACCAUCUUGAGGGCCUGGCUCUUCGAGCAUUUCCUCCAUCCCUAUCCAAGUGAAGCAGACAAACAUUUGCUGUCGCGACAGACAGGUUUAUCAAAAAAUCAGGUAUCAAAUUGGUUUAUAAAUGCUAGGGUUCGACUUUGGAAGCCGAUGGUGGAAGAAAUGUACCAACAAGAAUUCCAAGAAGCUUCAGCUGCAGAUAAAAUUGACAAACCCUCUUCAGAAACCGCCGCCCCGAAAACGGACCCUUCGGUAUCCCGGAAGCCGGGGAAGCAGGCGGCGGCGGGAGGCGGCGCGGCCUCCUCGUCCACCGCGGACGAAAUGAUGAUGCCGACCGAGUACCGAUGUUUCAUGGAGAAUCCUGAGAUGGGGUUGGAGUCGGAGUUCAGCGGCGGAAGUGCGGGGACGCAGGCUGCCGGAGAAGUUUCGCUUACGUUGGGACUCCGGCGGUCGGAAAAUGUGCCGAUUAAUAUGAGCCAUCUCUCAGUUAGGGACUUUGAAGCUUAUUAGUAGUGAUUGCUGAUUAUUGAGUUAUUGAAAAGCAUCCAUCGGCAUUUUAUUAUUACUCUUAUGUGACAUUAUUGAUUUUAUCAAAAGUACAAAGUGCGUGUAAUAAGUAGUAAUGUAAUUGUAUAGAUCCAGUACGUUAGAUGAAAUGAUUUUGCCUAUUA